ACAAGCUCCUCUCUGCGUUGAACCACCAAUUGCUCUCGCUUUACAUCUCAGCUGCAGUCUUUAAAAUGGCGCCCAAGAAAGCACAGAAGAUGUCUCUGAACGAGUUCCUGGGUGAUAGCGCCCUGGGCUCGUGGGCUGAUGAAAUGGAUGCCCUCCCUACUGCACCUGCUGCUAGGAACGAGGGUGACCUUGGACGCCCAUCCGACCGCAGGAGGGAUGAUUACUUGUCCUCGCGCUCCGAUCGUGCGCCUUCGUUCAGAGAAGAUCUUCCCCUCCCUACAGAACCCCCCUUCACUGCCUUCAUUGGUAACUUGGCCUUCGACCUCACUGAAAGUGAACUCGAGGACUUCUUUGUCGGAAUGCAUACAAAGUCCGUCAAAAUCAUUCGAGACCGGGAUGAAAAACCGAAGGGAUUUGGUUACAUUGAGUUUGCUGACUUACAGGGUCUUAAAGAUGCACUCGAAAAGUCUGGCUCGAAUCUGGCAGGCCGCGUGAUUCGCGUGAGCGUCGCUGAGCCUCCAAAGGAAGGCUUUCGUGGAGGCCACGGUGGCUUUGACGAUGAGAAAUUUGCCGGGAACUGGAGGCGUGAGGGGCCUUUGCCUCCUGACCUCUCCUCCUCUCGUGAGGGCCCCCACCGCCGGUAUGAGGGUCCCUCAGGCCGCGAGCCGCCUCCGACCUCCGUCUCUGACACCGCAUCUGACUGGCGAUCAUCUUCCCGCGGCCCGGUUCGGUCAUCUACUGCAUCCUCUUUCGAGUCUGAGGCGGGCGAGCAAGGCUUUAGGCGGCGGUCCAACUUCCGAGAGGGUCCCGUCACCUCCGCUGAUACUGAAGAGAAGUGGACCAUCGGCGGCAAAUUCAAGCCGAGCGUGUCGGAGGGUCCUGGCAGUCGGUUCGGCAGCAUGCGUGGCCGCGGCGACAUGGGACCACCGCGGGACGUGCCCAAUCCGCCCGAAGAGAGCGACUGGCGGAGGCCCCGCGCGAUUUCGCGCAACAGUACCUCGCCAAGCAACUCUACACCUUCAACUCCUCAGAUGAGUCGACGCAAGCUCGAGCUCUUACCCCGAUCCAGUGGCUCCUCCGCUGUCCCUUCUCCUCUCGCGUCGCCUAAUCCGUCCGCAGCAGCGCCCAGUACGCACAAACCUAAUCCGUUCGGUGCGGCUAAGCCCGUCGACGUUUCUGGAAGGGAAGCCGCCGUCGAGGAACGUCUUGAAAAAGAACGAGAACAGUUCAAAGAAAGGGCGUCUCACUCGAUGUCAAGAACGUCGUCGCGGACGGCGUCUCAGCGCGAACGGGACCACCCGGGUAUGCGACCCGUGCAUCCCGCCUCUUCUGUCGCCAGCCCGGCCUCUCCCACGUCUGAUACGCACAAGAGUCCAGUUACGCUUGCUGCGAACGUGCGGCCAUCGUUCAGCUUUGCCAGUGCCGCCGCUGGCAAGAAAGAUGCUGCUGGCGACAGUACCGCAGAGAAUGGGGCGCAUGAGGAAACGGAGAAAAUCGACGAGGUCAAGAUCUGAUGUGCGUGACAGAAUGCUCACUGAAAAGCGUAGAUUGGACUCGCCUUAACUGCCGCCAGAACGAAUGACAGCUUCUGGGUUAGAUGCAAUGUACAUCCCUUGCUUGUCUUGUCUUCGAGUUAAUGUUAUUUUCUUUGCUGUACUGGAGGAUUCGAACAGCUCUCCUGUCUUGCACCGCCAUUCUUGAAUUAGCUAUAGCAUACGUCUGCUCUGACUGUCAGGAAUCGAUUGCACACUGGAUUAGAGUACCUAUAUGCAUUCAAAGCCAUGUACACGAACAAAUGCUCAAUGUUCAAUCAAAGACCG